ACACAUACGGGGGAGGAGAGUGGUACGAAGAGAAGAGUGGGAGAGUCAUAAAACACAGUCACUCUAAAUAUCCUGACUGCAGCCUGAACAUAGACAACCUUUCAUAUGGAGACUCUGGUGUUUAUCAGUUUCGGUUUCAUACACUCUCACACUUGAAAUGGAUAACAAGCAAACCUGGCAUUACACUGGCUGUUACAGAUCUGAGCGUAGAGGACGUUUCUGCACAGGAACAGAAUCUGACUGAAGUGACCUGCAGCACCUCCUGCAGUUUGCACCCUAAACUCCAGUAUGUCUGGUACAAGACUGGACAGAUUCUACAAGACAGAACCACAGCCUCCAUACCAGUCUAUGAAGUGGCCAGUUACUCCUGUGCAGUGAGAGGUCGAGAAGAUCUACGCUCCCCAGCAGUCUGUGUUCCAGAUAAACUGUGCUGGGGUGUGUCCUACUCCUAUGAGAAUAUCUGUGUAUUAAUGGGCUCAUCAGUGGACAUUUCAUGCACUUACUGGUAUCCAAGAGAUGACAGCAUCAAGGAAAUGUUUUGGGUUCACAACCAAAAAUCUAUGCAUCGUCAUGCUGGUGAGAAAGAAAAUAGUUGUACCCUGAGACUGGAAGACAUCAGAGAGAGUCACUCUGGAGAGUAUACCUUCAGCUUUACAACAGGAAAGGGGCAGAAUUACUCUGGAUUACCUGGAGUUAACAUCUCUGUUACAGAUCUGCAGGUGUGGGCACAUCCUGAUACAGUGAAAGAGAGAGACAAAGCCACCCUCACCUGUAAUACUACCUGUACUCUGAGUAACGACACCACCUUCAUCUGGUACAAGAAUGGGCAGCCUGUGACUGAUAAAAACUCAACCAGAGACAACAAGCUCCAUCUAAACCUAGUCAGCAGUGAGGAUGCAGGCAGUUACUCAUGUGCUGUUAGAGGAUAUGAGAGUCUCUCUUCAACAACUGUCUCUCUCACUGUCCGAUCAAUGAAGGUGGGCAUCAUGUUAUUUGUUUUGGUAAAAGGGGUGACGUCUCUACUGGCUGUGGGAGCUUUGAUUGCGGUCACUGUAACUUGUGUAAGAGGUACAAGACGUAAAAGAAACGAUGUGCAGAGAAGAGCUCAGGACUCAGGAGUGUAUGAGACUCUGCAGAGAAGAGAGACGCCCCCUACAGAGAUGGAGCUCAAGGAUCUUUCAUAG